AUUCAAACACACGGAUCCAAGAGCCGUGGAUUCAUUUCUUGAGUACAAGCAAAAAGUGGAUGUAUGGAUUUCAUGUAGACUUAAAGAAAGAUAAAUAAAGCAGAGUACAUUACCUAAGCAUCCAGGAAGGCAACAGGGAAUCUAAGCUUCACAGGAUCAGGCUAAAUCAGAACUUACAGCCAUGAACAAACUGAAUUUGCAGAGCAGUGGAAACAUGGUUGCAGAGUGACAGCGGGUGACAUGCCCACAUGCUGAGUAGCUGUAACCUGACAGAGAGAAGCUGUGAAGCUCUGUCCUCAGUCCUCAGCUCCAAGUCCUGCAGUCUGAGAGAGCUGGACCUGAACAACAACAACCUGCAGGAUUCAGGAGUGCAGCUGCUUUCUGAUGGACUGGAAAGCUCACAUGGCAGACUGGAAACUCUUAGGCUGAGUCACUGUGGUCUGUCAAAGAAGAGCUGUGGAGCUCUGUCCUCAAUCCUCCGCACACAGUCCUGCAGUCUGAGAGAGCUGGACCUGAGCAACAACAACCUGCAGGAUUCAGGAGUGCAGCUGUUGUCUACAACACUACAGAGUCCACACUGCAGACUGGAAACUCUCAGGUCAACAUUCAUGGUCCCAUUUCAUUGAUGGCACUUGCAGUAGUUAUAGAGUCAGGAUAAUCUUUUCUAUGGAUGACCUCGCACAUGUGA